AUGAGUGUCGAUUUGGAAAGACAUGCAAAAAGAUUAUUACAAACUAGUUAAAAGGAGAGAGUCGAUUAAGAGAAGAAAUUAACUUAUGCAAUUAGUUAAUAAAUAGAUUUCAUAUCCUAAGAUGUGAAUAGAUAAGGAGUUGAACUUUUGGAAUCAAAUAAAUAUGUGGAUAUGUAUCUAAAUGAAGAUUUACCAAAGAUUGCUGAUGAUCUUUAAAAUGAAACUGACGAAAGAAGAGAGGUUGAGGAAAGAAUAUACCAUUAAUUUAUGGAGUAAAUAUCAGACCUAAGAGAAUUAUUUGAUAGGUAUUAUCAAAUCUAAUGACUAUUAUAGAGAGAGAAAAGAAAGAGAAACCAAAGAGGAAGACAUAGUUGAAAGUUUACGAGAAGUGCAAUUUAGAAUUACUGAAUUAUUGAAGCGAAAUAGAAAAGAAAGAGAAACUACUGAAUAAGAAAUGGUUUCUUUGUUUGAAACUGUAAUUGAAAAAAUUAAAAUUGAAAUGUUAGAAAUGAAUAUGUGA